GCGCCCAGGCUGACUACAAUUAAUUCAGUAGUUAGGCAAAGAUCUCCAGAGACACUGCUUUUCCAGAGUUGAUGAAAAUGGAUUUGGAGAAACAACAAGUCUUGUUUGUUCCUUCACUGAUAGGAAGGUUAUAUGAUGUGUUCAAGUCUUCUUUGCCACCAAAUGGUCUUUACAGAAGCCAUGUCAACUCUGAGUGACUAAUGUAGAAUAAGAAGGGUUUCAUGAAUUGUGCUGUUCACUGAAAAACAGACUUAGGACAAUCUGUAAUGUUAAACUUGAAGUUAACAGAAACCAAACAAAAAGCAGUAGCAGAGACAGUGUUCUUGAGAGAGUGUGUUGAAAGAAGAUAGAUACUUCAUCCUCUUCAUCGUAAAAGUUUAUAUUCAGAGCAUAACCUCAGUUUGGCAGCAGUACAGGUCAGUGUCUGCCACAGCCUCAGGGAGCUGGAACACCCAGGUCCCAGCUAAACAUCUUCACCACUGAUUUGUAGGUGCUCCUGCUCCAUGGUACACAUUGGGUUUGAGAAUUUAACCAGAAGAUCUUUUCCAUCAAAAGAUUUCCCCACUUCUGAAACACUGCCAAAUCAGCACUUAAACACGCUCUACAAUACAUGCUGCCAACUCAUGACACUCACAGUUGCAGUGCUCAUUGUGUUUUGACUUCCUUUUAUCGGCGCAGGUUUCUGCCAGUGAAUCAGUCUACCAGGGGAGACAGACCAGGCACCGCGGCAGAAGACACAAGCAAGGCAGGCAAAGUAAAGAGUGAAAUUAUCAGAUAUCAUGGAUAUCCCAGUGAGGAGUAUCAAGUUACCACUGAGGAUGGAUACAUUCUUGGUGUUUUCAGAAUUCCAGCUGGAAGGAACAACAAAAAUACAGGUCAAAAGCCUGUAGUCUUCCUACUGCAUGCUUUUCUAGGAGAUGCCACCCACUGGAUUUCUAACCUGCCCAACAACAGCCUGGGCUUCCUCCUUGCAGAUGCUGGCUUUGAUGUCUGGAUGGGAAACAGCCGAGGGAACACUUGGUCUUUAAAACACAAGACCCUUAAGCCCUGCCAGAAAGAGUUCUGGAGAUUCAGCUUUGAUGAAAUGGGUAAAUACGAUAUUCCCGCAGAGCUGUACUUCAUCAUGAAUAAAACUGGACAGAAGGAUGUAUACUAUAUCGGCCACUCUGAAGGCUCAACAGCAGGCUUCAUAGCUUUUUCUACGUAUCCUGAGCUGGCUAAACGGGUGAAAAUGUUCUGUGGUCUGGGCCCAGUAGUCACAGCUUCAUAUGCUACAAGCCCUCUGAUUAAGAUCACAGAUGUUCCUGCACCACUGCUCAGGUUAGCAUUUGGCUGCAAAGGAGCCUUCCACCAGAUUGAAUUUCUGAAAGGACCUGCGACACAGUUCUGUACAAGCCUGGAUAAGUUUUGUGGUCAUAUACUCAGUUACAUAGCUGGAGGCACCAUAAAAAAUCUGAACACAAGCCGAAUAGACACAUACGUAGGACAUUCCCCUGCUGGAACAUCAGUACAGAACAUUAUUCACUGGCGUCAGGUAAUAAAGGCAGGCCAACUCCAGGCUUUUGACUAUGGCUCUAAGGAAAACACGAAAAAAUAUAACCAGUCUUCUCCUCCUGUGUACGAGAUAGAGAAGAUAAGCAUGCCAAUUGCUGUUUGGAGUGGUGGACUUGACAAAUUUGCAGAUCCAAAAGACAUGGCAAAGCUGCUUCCUCGGAUUUCUAAUCUCAUUUACCAUGAGCAUUUUCCCCACUGGGGACAUCUUGAUUUCAUCUGGGGCCUUGAUGCAACUGAGAAAAUGUAUCACAAAAUCAUUGAACUACUGACAAAAUAUUUUUGAAACCAUGUUUUGAGAACCAGAGUGUUCAUUUCCUCUGUAAAAAAACCCUCAAAAUUUCAAUUUGGCAAUAAGAGUGAUACCCAGGGAAGAAAUAAACUCACAGAUACAUAUAAUGGAUGCUGGUAUAGGUAUUUAUCUGCACUUGUUUGGUUUUUUUCUCGCUUUCUUCAUAGUUUCAGGUUUUCCAUGGUGACUGGUUUUACUGUGACUGCUGUCUUCCUGUGAAAUUUGAGGCAUAUAGAAAUGAAAGCUGAAAACAUGAAUAUAUUUGAGCACACAUUGCAGGAACCACUCAAUCUGAACAGCUUUUAUUUCUACAAGAUUGAUUUUCCUAAGACUAAACUCUACUGUUCUCAUGCCUAACUUACAGAACCCACAGAGAUAUUCCUGUGCCCAAUUUGUGUCUUCCUAUGAAGACAGAAAGUGGGAUCUGUUUAUUUCUCUGUUGAAGUACAACUGACCUUUUUUAAAAGUUAAAUGAUUUAUACACUUGACAGAGAAUAUGGUUUUAUUUUUUUUUCCUUUUCUUUCCUCUCAUUUACCUACACUUACAACAAAUUCAAGAGAUCUUCAGACACAAGAAACUAAGCAGUCAAUAGAUGACUUCCAAACAUGAAGGCAACUAACCUCAGAAAAACUCUUGUUUUCUUGCUCUCCAGGUCUAUACAUCACUCAAAGGUUUGUUCACACACUCUAAACAUCCCAACAUCUAAGGCCAUGGAUGGCAGCUAAGGAAUGAGGAGGUAUAGACCUGUCAGGCAAGCUGCACUCCAAGCAAUAGAGUUUCCACCCCAGGAGUUAUUCUUGACACUGAAGUUGUUGUAAACACUCUGAGCUAUCAGCUUUGACUUUAACAUAACUCUGUUUUGAGCAUUCUUUCUUCAAGCAAUUUCUACAGCAUAGAAAAACAGACAGCUAUUUUCCCUUUCAAGCCAUUAGCCCAAAUCUUUAUUAUCCAGUCUACUUACCUACAAGUUGAUCUAGUAGGUAAGAGUGUCUGUGCCCAGGUUACACCCAAAGAGUUCACUCUAACAGGCUUAGACAAGCUAGUUUUGUUUCUCAAGGUGUUUCUGAGUGGGUUCUCAAGCUCAUAUUGCCUAACCAAGAUAAUAUGUAGCUGAAAUCAGCAUCCAAUAGCAUAGUUACACUGAGAAAUAUAUCUGUGUUCUGCAACACAGGAGAAAAACACUAUCUUGUCCAUGCAUCUACUCUAAUAGCCAUUCGCAGAGCUGACCAUGUCAUCUGUCUUCUGAAGUUAUAACAGCCUUUAGGAAAUGGCCAAAAUUGUCCACAAGAAUAAAAAUCCUUUAGACCAGGAAAGCAAAAAAGGAGAUUCCCCUUUAUAGUUGCAUUAUUAAAUCACAAAGACCCAGGCCAUAUACACUGCUUACCACUGCAGAUUUUCUUCUGCCUUCACCUAUGCAAGAGAAGACUCGUUAAUUUGUUAUUAUUUUGGUAUAUGCAUCCACUGCUCCAUGCAUCACACAGAAAAGCAUGCUAUCCUCUCCAGUCCUAUGGGAAGGAUACAUCUGAUUCCUGUCAACACCAUUUCAUUUAUUAUUUUUUUCUUUAGUACAUGGUUUAUAUUAGAAAGCCAAGAGAUUUGUUUCUCUACUGUAUAAACCAUAUUUUCAUUAUUAUUUCUUAAGGCAUUAAAGCUACCCAGGAAUUUA